CCCUAUGCAAUAAGUUGAGACGAAAUUACUCCAAAGGCCAAGAUUAGAACAUCUACUCCAACCUUGAAUAUUUGGUGUGACCAGUCUUCGAAUUCCGUCCCAAUGGCCCUGCGGCUGGCAUUGAGAGCUCCUGAGAGCCGUCUCUGCAAUCGCAUUUCGACCACAACUAGGAGGGUAUACUCAACAAGUAAACAAUCAGAUUACUUUACUGUUGAGCUGAGUCCGAAGAUCAAAGAUCCCUCAAAACUAUUAAAAGCCGUCAGAUCUCAGAUCAACAUCACCAAUCCUAGCCGCCACGAUGCAGCAGUUGUACUCGCAACUCCACAAUAUGCGCAAUGGCUAGGCAAGGAUGAAUUUAUGUCUGAGUUUGUAGAUAUCCUGUCAGGUUCUGAUGGGUCCGGCGAGUUCCAUACUCUGGGCGCUGUUGUUGACCACAUCGCCCCGCCAGUGCCGAACAACAAACCCAUUCAGGGGCUAUCUAUCCUCCGUGGUAAUCUCGACACUAUCCUACCAGGACUAUGGACAAAGGCGCCCCCAAAGGAAUGGUCGGAUGGUGGGAAGGUGUCAGCUCUAACGAUGGAUCUUGGCAACCCGCAUAUCACUAUCCCUCUUACCAACACCACUUUUCAGAACCACAGGACCUCGACACUUAUCAUUAGCCGUUACGACUUGUCAACCGGCUCUCCAAAACUUAUUGAGCAAACUGAUACAAAGCAUUUGCAGAAAGUAAACAUUCCUUUUCGGAAAAGGCUCCCGUCAAUCAAUGACCUUGGUAUCUGGGCUCCCCUCGUGCCUCUGACUCAACCCCGUGUGGUGACUGAGAGCUUUGGUAAUAUCGUACGGCGAGUCGACAUCGAAGAUGAAUCAGUUCCAGCAUCAAAUGAGCUCGAGCCAGCAGUGAACGAGCUCCAUGCCAGCAAAUCGGACUUAGUUCAGUCUCCUAUGGGCAUUUGGGCAAUGAUCACACCUCCGACUUUUGUUCAGUCAGGGGGCAGCUCGCCCUAUGUCAAUCCGGAUCCCGAGGCAACAUUUGCUGAUGGCCAAAGUAUCACGGAGCUAACGGCUUUAACCUCCGAUCAAUUGGCUAUCCUGUAUAGGCAAGGGGGUCGAUUAUAUCAAGUUUUGAGUGGUGGCGGCGGUUGGGGGGCAAAGAAGGGUUUGCUGUCGCUUGACCCCGAGCAAACUCACUUUGUUGUAUCUGAAGAAGAAGAGAUGCAAAGGUUCAUCCAAGCUAUGGAAGGGGGCAAUUUUGUCCCUGUGAGUUCCAAAAUCCAGUUCUUUGCAUCAACAGAUUCUUCUGCUAGCGAGCCGGUCGGAAAGAAACAAACCGGUGUGGUGUUCGGAACAUCCAGCAAGGUCGAGGAUGAAACUGAUGCGAAUCCAUCUCAACCUGAGGCACGAUUGUUGGAGAAUCAUUUCGGCGCUCUCUCCAACGUAGGCAUAUUUGUAACCUCAUCCGAUGCUUCCAUGUUUUCGAAACCUGGGUUUAACAACGACUGGAAACUCAACGUGCCUAACUCUCGAAUCUAUGUUGUAUAGGUCAGCACGGAGUUGAUGGUCUUCACUAGCGGUUGUUGUAUGUAUUAUAAGAAUGUAUAAGUACCCUUCCCAGCGACUAGAGAUGGCUAUAUGUGUAUGUGAAUAAUAUUCUGCCUGUGUUUAUUUAU